AUGGCGCAAUGUGUCAAAAAGGAAGAUGACCCCGAAAGGCCAAAGCCUCAUUAUCUACCAAAGAAGCAGGAACAGAACAUACCUGGCUUUUCCUUGACUGCCAAAGACUUCGCCGCCACCCCUUUUCUUAGAGAGACCAACCCAACUUCACAGACUUGCGAUUUUAUGUCUGUGAUUGCGCUUGCUCUUAUUGCCUUAUUUCUUAAAUAUUAA